AUGGGCCUCAGGUAUCUUAAGUCUCGGCUUUCAAAUCGAGAAAACAGGCAAGAGGAGAAUUUGAAGACAGCAUGUAUGUCUGGAGAGUCUUCAUCCAUGACCAGUAUGAAAGAAAAUGAGUCUCUCAGUUCGAGAAGAAAGCCAUUGGACCCGGAAGGAAAAAGGCGCCAUAGUCUAUUCAAUUUCAGAUCGUACAAGGAACGGACAGAUUUGAGUGUUAAUGCUUCAACCGAUGAAAACCAACCCGGGCUGGAAAAUGCUCCUCGCAUCAAUUGCGUUAAUACAGACCUCGCUUUCCUGGAUUGUGGGAUGGAACAAAUUGACAAGAUUAGCUUGACUGAAGAAGACAUCAAGACUCCCGAGAAAUCUAAUAUGUUCACAAGCCACAAAUUUGAGCUCCAAACGGCAGCCAUAAAGGGUGAGGACGAGAAACCAGAGGAAACUGAAAAAGCUGUCAGAUCGAAAACAUGCGCAGAGGUCAAAGGCACAGACUCACGCGAUCUCAAGAAAGAUUCAGUGGAAUCUGAUUCUAGUGCCGAGAUUGUCACUUUGCCCAAAAACACAACAGAGGACAACUCUUGGACACUGCAUAGUGUUGCGCCUUCCAGCUUCUUUAGCCCACCAAAACAGGUCACCUCAUUGUUUGUUGGUGACUUAGACAAAUCGUUGACGGAGUUUGACCUGAAAAAUGUUUUCAGCAAGUAUCCUGGUCUUCUUUCUGUUAAGAUACCUGCGGACUGUCAAACCGGCAACUCGUUGGGCUAUGGAUACGUUAAUUACUCCACUGAAGAACAGGCGAUUGUUGCCAUGGAGUCACUCAAUUAUACCAAGAUCGGUUCCUCAGAGAUCAGAAUCAUGCCUUCCAUGAGAGAUAAAAGUCAGAGAGAACGCAUAGGCGCCAAUAUUUUUCUUUCCAAUCUUUCAUCGCAUCUCACUACCAGACAACUUUAUGAUAGGUUUAGGAAGCAUGGAAACGUUAUGUCGUGUAAGUACGAUUCAUCCAAACAACAAGCGUUCAUACACUUUGAAUCUAAGGAGGUUGCAUAUGAAGUCGUCAAAAGCUAUAAUCAUACUACCUUGGACGGCAAACUGGUCUAUGUGGGUCUACAUAUUCUCAAGAAAGACAGAGAACUAUUUGGAGCCACGGCGAGCUCAAGCACUAAGCUGAGCGAAAAUAAGGAUAUUUCACAGAUCCCUUGUUUUUCGCCCACAAAUAAGAACACAGAACGCAAGAACGACAUAAGCACACAUUAUUCAAUUUUUGUUAGAAAUUUGCCUUUAAACAUCGAGGAACAUGUUAUUAGGAGCUUGGUUGAACCGUAUGGACCUGUCUUAUCUGUUUUGGCACGGAAGGUCCCAAAAAAAAAUGGGUGCUGGGCUCUGGUGACUCUAACUAACCAGGAAUCUGUGGAUAAAGCAGUUUCUCAUCUGAACAUGGUUGAAAUCAACAAGCAGCAGUUAUUCGUCACUCGCGCAAUUCCAAAGGAAGAAAAAAGCUACAAUCGAAAACAAGAGAUGCAGCCAAAACACAGGCUCAAAAUACUGAUCACGGGGUUGAAUGUCAACACGCAUAAGGACAAAUUCCAAAAGUGGUGCUUAACCUUUGGGUCGAUAAAGUCUGUGGAGCUUUAUGGAACAUAUUCCCAAGAAAUCAAGAAGGGCUACACCGCUUAUGGAUAUGUGGAAAUGGUAAAUGAAGCCGAUGCUGAUGUUUUGAUCGACAAUCUAAAACUACUUGGUGUUCGCUGCUUCAAGGUAAAAGUGGAAAUUCAACAUAAGGAGACAGUCAAUUCUGACAUGCGCCGCUACUAUUACGGCCCACCAUCAGGACAAGCAAACAGUACUGGGAUGGGGUCAUACGUGGAUCCCUCCAAGUUAUUCCAGCUAGCGGCUUUUGCCAAAUCUGUCGAGCAGGAUAAAAUGACUGAAAUAGCCCAAACCAAGGAAAAGAGCGAUGGAGAGCUACUGAGCAUGGAUCUUCGCAGUAAGAUUGAACAGAUCAUAGGCGCAUGUGCUGUUGACAUUUUAGGCCAAGAUACACUGAUUUCGAAGAACACCGGAAACAUAUAUUUACACAAAGUGCAUUCGUUGUCGGAACACAUCAUCAAGUUCUUUUGGUCUAAUAGAGUUGACUCAUUCUCCAAAUUUUUGGAAUCCAACUACAAAAUUGAUCAACCUUUGCACCCGCUGCUCAGAACUCAAAUCGUGCAAAGUGCGAUGUACCUAGGUAUAGUGCCCAAAAGUUAG